GAAAGCGCACGUCAAGAAACACGUAUUGUGGAUUCCCACUCGGAACGAUUCGGGUAAAACUACCUUCCAACGCCAGCGUCCACGCACCGCCGGCGCCCGACAUGUGUGGGUCAGGGUCGGGAGCUGCGGUGAAGGGAGCGUCCGGCGAACUGUAGCUAGCUCGUUGUUGUUGUUCGCCCUGGAAGUUUGCGUGGAGCCUCACAAUGAACGUGUCCUCCGUUAGUGGCUGAGACUAGGAGACACUUCUCUGGAUCGUCGAUCUCUUCAAAUUAUGGCUGGUGUUGUGGCUAUGGCAUCUGUCAUUGAGGAUUUUGACACGCAGCCUUGCAAGAAAUCCCGCAAAGAUGGUGGCAGUCCGGUUGUUAAGACGAUCACAAACUAUUUCUCUCCUGUGGCCAAGCCUGCGGAGAAACCCUUCUCUCCUCCUCGGUCAAACAACAUCAUGGACUACUUUAGCAGGAGACCUCCGUCCUCCAAAGAAAAGACCAGCCCGUCGGAACAGUCUAAAGAGAACUGUCAGACAUCUCAGUCUACCGAAAAACACACCGGCUCAGAGGCAGCAGUGAAACAGCCAUCUCAGAAACGGGGUAGAAAGGCCAUCAAGGCUGCUAGAAGACUUGUGGAGGCUGAAAAUGUUUGCUCGACAGGGGAGGUGGACUGCGUGAGUAUAGAUGAACCAGAGCAGUGCAAAGACUCAGCAGCGGAGGUGACCAGUAGCUGUGGGAUGCUUGGUAGUGAUACAGCAGCUCUGUUGGCCCAGCUUAGUGCCGAGGCUUCUGACAGUGCUGGGACAUCAGAGAGGAGCGUCACUGUUAAACAGACUGAAAAAGAUGAACAUCAUGACAAUGGUUCCCAGUGUGGCAACAAACUUAAACCAGAGCUGAAGAGCAUUCCCUCAUCUCCACUUGUACCUUUGAGAGAUAAGGCAAAACAGGUUAAAAUUGGUGCGCGGAAUUCCAAGAAGAAGCAUCAACAGGAGGCAAAGCAACCAGAACCGGAGGAGAAAGAGGCAGAGACCUCUCUGUGUGAGGUUAACAUGGAGAUUAAUGAAGAUCAGGCCUUACAGUCAAGACACAGCACGGUCACAAUAUCCUUUGAGGAUUUUGUGCGAAGUCAGAGUCAGGACAAAGAUGGAGAGUGCAAAGACCAGGAAAGUGAAAUCACAACAUAUGCAGAGGAAAUGAACAAUGAUCAGUCGAAAAACGUGGGGUCUGGGGAGCCAUUACUCCAAAUCUCACCCCGAACUUUAACCAUCCAGGCUCAGGUGCAUGCAGUCUCACCCAAACAGGAAGCAGUCAAGGCUGUUGGAAAGUUAGCUUCUAUCUUUAGCAAGAGAAAGGGGCCAGUGAGCCCUGCAGAAGCAGUAUCAUCUCCGACAGAAGCUGAACACCAACUUCCAUCUACCUUGCUGAGUGUCAAAAGGAAAUCCAAUGUGGUUCUUCAAGAGGAGGACCUAGAGCUGGCUGUGCUUGAGAGUGAAUCCACGCCAAAGUGCACCGUGGUGGAGAGGAAGCAGUUCAUGGCUGCCUUCAAACAGCCCAGCCUGGAAGGGUCCAAACCCAAACCAGUGAAGAGUCAGGGCAAGCAGAAGCAACCUGGAGAGAAGAAUUCAGAUGCUGCAGCAGACAAAGUUGCUGAGGAAGACAGCAUCAUCCCUCUCACUGUUGAGCAAGUCCCUGCUGACUCUCAGGAAAACAGUGUACCUAAAAAGAAACCAGCAAGAAAAGGCAGGAAGAAAGCUAAGGACGAAAAUGAGGCUGUCACCACCUCAAUUACUGUGGCUGCUGCUCCUCUUCCUCCUGUGGAAGAAGAGGUGGUCAUGAUCGGUGAUGAUAAAGAAGAGGAGCCCGCCAUCCCACCUGUGAGGAGGUCCAGAAGAGAGGCUUUGGUCAAGCAAGAAACCAAAUCCACUCCGACAUCUCCUGUAAGAAAAACCAGAAAACAAAACAAGUCAAAGGAUGCUGCUGGUUCUGCUGCUCCACCUGACUGCCCUGCGCAGAUGUCCACCCCAAAGACACGGAAGUCCAAGCACGGAGUCUUUGUAGCAGAGAUGGUGUGUGAGCCUGACACGCAAGAAAGUCCAAUCAGGAUUAAAUUUACUAGGAUCCAUAGAAAUCUUUCCCUGUCAAAGGCUGAAAGUGGAAGUGGCAUUAACACGUCUGUGGCUACUAAAACAUCAAAAAAAAGGAAGCAGGCAAAGAAGUUGGUGGAGAAAGCCAAAGUGAUACAGCAGAGUAAGAAAAGUGCAGUCAGGCGUUCAUCGAGAAAUGAGGCGUCCUUCAAGAAGAGUUACUGUGAAAAUGAGGAUUCUAUCAUCUGCCUGGGGGAGGAGAAGACUGCCACUCAGGUGGCACUAGAAAAGAAUAAAGCCCGGAAACGUUUGCGAAGUCUAAAUGAUGUUCUUGGCAAAGCCACACCAGCUGGCAAAGAGACCAAGGCUGUCCCAGCCUGUAAAGGGGCCUCACUGGGCCAAGAGAAGAGUUCUCGGAAGGUGUCCGGAGUGAUUUCAAUCUUUGAUGAGGGCAGCCGAGAGGGCUCUGAAAACUCCCAGGACGAUGAGCAAUUCAGGGCUCGAAGAGAGUUUUUGAAGAGUGGUCUCCCAGAGUCCUUCAGGAAGCAGAUAGCCAAGACCGUUGCCACUAAAGAGGCAUACUCCGUCUCCUGCUCCUCCUUCCAGCCAGUCAUACACAUGAAGCAACCACCAGACGAUUGCCCUCUUUGGAAUCUACCGUGGCCUGAAUCUCCAUUACUGUCUCAACUGAAACCGCUUCGGAGCCGAACAUCCUCCUUUCCAUCUGUUAGUGGCUCCUUGAGUUUGAAGACUGAACCAGCUCGUAGAGACUUGUGUGAAAGGGGUUCGGGCUGGAGACCUGAGAUCUCUGAAAGUGUUCGUCAGCUUCUCAUCGAGGAGGUCAGGACCUGUAACCCUGCCUUCCCUAUUCAGAUGUUCAUCAGUCGCUUCCUGAAGAGACGCACUGAAUACCAGCAGCUUAGCUCUGCCUCAGAAACGGCACCAACAGUAGGAGGCAAGAGGAAGAGGAUGGAUGACGAAGGGGAGAACACAGUGAAGGUUGCUAAGAAGCAGCGGGGUAACCAUUCAGAAGAGAGCAUUUCCACGUCUGAGCCAGAGCCAACAAAAAGAGGAGGCCGCUCGAGACGGGUGCAGAGAUCCAAGCAGGAGAAGGAGGCAAAAGAGAAAGCCAGGCCCUCUAACACAGCUGCUCCCAUCUUGUCCGAGGACGACUCUGUGAUUGUGCUGGAUGACGACACUGUGGAAAACGAUGUGGUGAAGGAGGAAGUGUUGUGGACCGACAAAUAUCAGCCCCAGCACUCCAGUGACAUCAUAGGCAACACUGCCUCAGUGAGGAGGCUGCACAGUUGGCUAAAGGAAUGGAAACUCCGUGCAGACCGAGAUGAGAGAAAAAAGCAGAAAGACAAGAAACAAGAGGAAGGAAACAACGACUGGGACUGUGGAGAGGAGGACUCGCAGGAUGCAGAGGACAUGUGUAAUUCAAUGCUGAUCACAGGACCCACCGGAAUAGGAAAGACUGCUGCCGUCUAUGCAUGUGCCCAGGAGCUGGGCUUCAAGGUAUUUGAGGUGAACGCUUCGUCUCAGCGGAGCGGCCGACUUAUUCUGUCCCAGCUGAGGGAGGCCACUCAGUCACACCAGGUGGACAGCCAGGGGGUCAACGCCCACAAACCCACCUACUUCAACAGCUGCGGCACAAGCAGCAGCGCUGGCAGGCCUGGAUCCUCUCCUAGAAAGAUUAACUCUCCUCGCAGGGUGGUUUCCUCUCCCAGGAAACAUCCCCAGUCGCCAAGAGGUGCCAAAAAAGGUGCUCUGGCUCCCACCUCUUUAGCCAACUUCUUCAAAAUGGGUCGACCCACCAACAAGGAGCAACUAAGCAUUAAGAAGAAUGAACAAACAGCUGCUUCCAAGAAAGUUGGGAAAACAAGUAAUGAGGAUGCAAAUAAGCAUAAAGACCUCACAGUGAAGUCCCCAGCAGCUACGACCCCUAAAGACAACAGUGAAGAACAGAGCAAGAAGACGGCCACCUCGCUCAUCCUGUUUGAAGAGGUGGAUGUUAUUUUCGAUGAAGACUCUGGGUUUCUAGCUGCCAUCAAGACAUUCAUGACCACCACCAAGAGGCCAGUCAUCCUCACUACCAGUGAUCCUGCUUUCAGCGCCAUGUUCGAUGGCUACUUUGAAGAGAUCCACUUUAAAACGCCGUCAGUGUUAAAUGUGAGCAGCUACCUGCAGCUGUUGUGUCUGGCUGAAGACAUGAGAACAGACCUGUCAGACAUCAGCUCCCUGCUCAGGCUCAAUGGCUGUGACAUCCGGCAGAGUUUACUGCAGCUGCAGUUCUGGACUCGCAGUGCAGGGGGUCGCCACGUAACCAACAAUGCUGGACUGAAGCCGGAGACGGACGGAGAGGCAACAGAGACGUCUGUCCCGGCCGCUCUCCCUCCCUGUGACACUGGCUGCACUGAGAGCAGACUGGGCCUCCUGAAUAUUGAACCUGAGAGAGACAUCUGGGAGCUGCUCAAGAGCCAGAGUCUGGAGGAGGCGGUCUGCUGGGAGCUGCUGAUGGACUGCAGGCGACGAGGCGUCGAUCUACUUUAUUCCAACAUGGAGAAACUCUUACCUCUACCACUCACACAGUUGACUGCACCAAUCCGCAAGCCAGAGAAAUCUGUUUCUGAAUCACAAGACCAUCCUUCUGUUGAUCCCAAAAAGCAGCCGUCAUCCACCUGCCUGCCGUCCGACACGCUGCUAUCUCAUGCCAGGUUACUGCACGUGGCAGACUCCGGUGAUUGCUCGGAUGAUGGCAGUCCAAUUAAAGUUUCCAACAGAAUGAAGAAGAACAAGAGGAGGCACUGUGUGCCUGGCCAAGAUGGACUGGACUCGGACUCGGACUCAGAAGAAAGUUUUCUGUCAUUGUCCAAGCCGCAGGGGGAUCCUCAGGCAAAGGAGGAAGUUAAAGAGAGGUUAGUUUCAGUAAUGGUGAAAAGGAAGCAGCUGACUUCUGAAGAGCGUAUGAAAAGUCUCCCAGUCUCACAGUGUCUAGCCUCAAUAGCUGACUUUUUAGACAACAUGUCCUACUUGGACUCCUCCCUGCAUGUCCAUCCAGAAGGAGGAGACAAUCACAGAAGAAUGACACCAGUCGGUGCAGUGGUUAAAGACGGGAUGACGGAUGAGUCGAGGGUCGAGACUGACAGAGGGAGCUGGGAGACGGGAGAGCGCGUCUUGGAGAUCCAGGCUGCCGUGGAGGCGCUGAGCUUCCACAGGUGUCGGUGUUCAGCUGCAGAGGCCUGGGACAAAGCCCAACAGCUGGAAGGAGAGCUUGGACAUGAGGCUGCAGGAGAACUCACCCUCCCUGUGGCCCCUCAUCGUGAAGGUUACAGCUUCUCUCAGGAGGGUCCCUGCCAACCACAGCUGGUCCAGGUGAGGAGAGAAGUGAUGGAGGGUCUGAUGCUGAAAGGAGUGGUUGGUACUCUGGGAAACAGACCAGCGGCUGCUCUGGACUAUUUGCCAGUGCUACGCACCAUCUGCAGAUCAGAGCAGCUGAAGGAGAAGGGCAAAGUUAAACGGAGGUUUCUGCACUACCUUGAUGCAAUCCACCUUGGUCUUGACAAAACCACACUACAGCGCCUCGCUGAAGACUUCCCCUGAACCACAGAGAAGCCCUUGAGAUCAUAGACACUCUCUUUUAUGGUCCAUAGGAUGUUGCUCUCAGACGCUAACACGGAAUGUGUUUACAGAAAGUGUGGUGGCAUCGGGAGCACAGGGACGGACACUUGGGCAACUUUAAUCAGUGUUGCCCUUUGUUUCAUGCUCCCUACUUCAGAGAAAUAUGAGGUGGUCAGACGUGUGUGUACACUAAACACUGUCUGGAGGCGUUUCCACACAGUUUCCUCUAAGAUGGAAAUGACUGAAUCACUGAAGUCAAGUGCACAGCUAAAGUGUUGACUGAUUCUUAUGGUGAUUUUGAAGAAAUAUUUUGUAAUAUUAAGGGGUGGUGGAUUGUGUGUGAUGGAUUUUUGUACAGUAGUAACUUUUAGCCUCAUUUAUGAAUUGGCUUUGCACUUUGCAAAGUGUUUUUUAUCAAGUAGAAAUUGCUUUUGGGGAGCAAGUGUUAAUAUUUGUAACAGAUUAACAUGUAAAAUAGAAAUUUCCUCUGGUUUUGUAAAGGCUGUGUAUAAAUAGUCUCCACACAACGUACUGUUGAUGCACUUAAGAUUUUGUUUCUAUUCACAUUCAUAAAAAGCAGCUUUUUUACACAAGAUUCUGCCUUAUUUCACACUUUCACACAUCACAGUCAAUUAUUUCUUAUUUUUUCAGUUUUAACUGUACACAAACACAAUGGGUUUUAGUUGUGAUCAAAUAAAGGAUUAUCACAACAGAAAA